UCGCCCACCCCUGCUCACAUUUAACACCCCCACCUCAAAAACGGCAAGCGCAUGACCACCGUCUCCUCCACCACCCCCGCCUCCCCCUCGCUCUCCCUCUCAGCGGCUCACGCCGCCACCGCCGCGGCUCCUUGAAACCACCAGUCCACCACCACCGCUGGUACGCGGAGGCGCGCGCGAUGGGCAACUGCCAGGCGGCGGAGGCGGCGGCGGUCGUCAUCCAGCACCCCGGCGGGAAGGUGGAGCGCCUCUACUGGUCCACCACCGCCGCCGAGGUCAUGCGGAGCAACCCGGGCCACUACGUCGCGCUCGUCAUCCUCCGUGUCGCCGCUGAUAAGGCCGGCCCCGGGGACGCCGCCGCGGCGGCGACCACGACCGGUGCCGGAGGCGGCGGCGGGGGAGGGGCCAAGAUCACCAGGGUCAAGCUGCUCAAGCCCAAGGACACGCUGCUGCUCGGCCAGGUCUACCGCCUCAUCACCGCGCAAGAGGUGACCAAGGCACUGCGGGCGAGGAAGAACGAGAAGAUGCAGCGGUGCGAGGCCAUCAGGCAGCAGCACGAGCAGCUCCGGCGCGGCGACGGCGCCGACCAGGGCUCCUCCGACCAGGACGGGAAGCAGGACAAGGACCGGCACCGGGGAAGAGGCCGGCACUGGCGGCCGGCGCUGCAGAGCAUCUCCGAGGCCGCGAGCCAGAGCAGCAGCAGCAGCGUGUCUGAAGCCGCCACCAGCUAGUGCUACUGACCGGACCGUGCCAUCCGGGUUUCUCUUCUUUCUUUCUUUUGAUUUAUGAUGAUUGCUUGUUAGUAUAAAGUGCUUGAGCCUAGCCAGCAACUAAAAAAAAUGUAAAUCAGAGCAUGAUCAAUAGGAGCCUUGUUUCAUCUCUCAUGUAAUUUGGCAUGGUGGAACUGAAACUCAGUGUUCAGAUCAGUCGAGUGGUUUGCCGGUUGCAA